GCAAAGUCAUCGGGGUGCGAUGGCGACGAACUGCGGUGUGAUGUGUGUUCCCGUCGUCAUUACGACGGGAUUUAAAGCAGUUCAGGAUCCAGAAAGCUUUUUCCGCGGUGCUAAUCUGGUGAAGGGACAGCUUCUUUAUGAAUCUGGACAUGUAUAUGAGGUACGGGAGGUACACUACGACACACACGUGGAGAUCACGGCUCGCUGUACUCCGCAGACCAAGCUGAACGCGGCCGGGAAACACAUCGAGCUACAGCUGGACAAGGACAGGACGAUCGUUCUUGCGAAAUGCGACUGCCGUGCUGGCGUCGCCGGAAAAUGUAAACACGCCGCCGCGGUCGCCGUGUACUUGGAAAGAGAUGCCGCGACUUCCAAGACGAGUUGCCCAAGGAGCUGGGGCAUUCCUUCCUCGAAGAAAGCAUAUCCCAAGUUUUCUCGAGUGACUCCGAACUCGCGGAAAGGUGUGUCGGUUUCCGUGCCUGCACUUGCUGUGAGCCACGUGGGGAAGUUUUUCCCAGACUUGGACUGCCCCCUCACCGACAUGCUACGGGCUGAAGAAACGUGCUCCCACGAUGAGGGACAGCCUCUGCCAUUUGAAAGGCCACUGUCACCGGAUGUCCUGGAGCUCUUCGACUGGCCACAGGAAGGAUUCCGCUACCGAAACUUUGUGAUGAUGUUUGACUCCGGAAAGCCGGUUCAAAAAGAGGAAACAUUUUUGGCCAGCCUGACAAUCACUGAGAGGGCUGUUUAUGAUAGCAGCGUCUCUGCUUCGUUGACGAGAAUCGGGGAUAUCUGCAGAGACACCAGUCUCUCGAAGGACAUGUGGCGGAAAGAAAGGCUGCUUCGUAUAACGGCAACAAAGGCACACAAAGUUAUACGUUGCAAAGGGGACCUACGAGAGGUUGCCAAGAACAUGGUGCUGGAUGCGCCAUUUACUUCCCAAGCAACAGCACAUAGACAACGGUACGAGCCAGAAGCCCGAGCCAAGUUCGAAGAAACGCGGAACCUCAAGGUGCACCAGCUGGGGCUUGUGGUGAUGCCGCAAGAUCCCUGGCUGGGGUGUUCUCCAGAUGGACUCUUUCGGAACGAGGACGGAAAUGUCAUGCUCCUUGAGAUCAAGUGCCCCUCCAGCCGCUGGAAGAAACCUCUGACAGAGAAACCGCUCCUAGCGUAUCUAGCUGAAUGCAAGCAGAGGAAAGAUAUCGUGUUGCGAAAGUCUCACACAUACUAUACACAGAUACAGAUCUGCAUGUAUGUCCUGCAGUUAGAUGAGUGCGAUCUCUUUCUGUACUGCUCCGUAGACAAAAAGACGCUGCACAUCAAGCGUGAUGAAGAAUUUCUCUCGGACGCUAUACCGAAGCUGAGAUCGUUUUAUUUCACACAUUAUAUUCAAGAACUUGCCGCACUUCAGGGAAAGUGA